ACAUCACUUCCUAAAAAAGAGGCAAACACCUCUCCUUCAAGUUAGCACCGACCCAAACAAGCAGGAAACAGGAAAUGUUCACGUUUCAGGGAGGCUGCAGUCCGGUGCAGCAUCCUGAGUGCGCCCAGGCGAGCUGAUAUGCCGGGUCCCCGCACCACCCUGGACUUCACUCUGGUGCCCUCGCUCGCUCCCGACAGCAGGGGUACUUAUGAGGCAUCAGGACACUCAGGAGACCUAUCCUGGGCAAACGAAGGACCAAGUGAAGGGAUUAUUCUGAGCACAUUUGAUGCAGUGACCACAGAAACAUCAAUUGCAAAUACAAAUUCUACCAGCGCUGUUGAGGACGGAAAUCAUUUAGAGUUUAUAUUAAUGGUGUUGAUCCCAUUGAUUUUAUUGGUCCUCAUACUUUUAUCAGUGCUAUUCUUUGUAACAUACUGUAAAAGAAAAAGAAUGAAACAAGAGCCUUCUAGCCAAGGAUCUCAGAGUGCUUUACAGACAUAUGAACUGGGAAGUGAAAACGUGAAAGUCCCUAUUUUUGAGGAAGACACACCCUCUGUUAUGGAAAUCGAAGUGGAAGAGCUUGACAAGUGGAUGAACAGCAUGAACCGAAGUGCUGACUGUGAAUGUUUACCUACUUUGAAAGAAGAGAAAGAGUCAAACCACAACCCAAGCGACAGUGAAUCCUAAAACUGAAUGGUGCUAAUGUUUUCCAAGAGAAGCAACCCCUGAGGGAGCCUGCUGCGCCUGCCAACAGAGGAACGAAGAGGAUACGAAUUUAAUUAAUUUCAAAUCAUUGUAGACACAAGAACCUUUUGCUGUUUCUUCCAACGCCCACUCUGCUUAAAUGAUGGCGUCACCUGUACUUGGAAGAAUGUGUGAUUGAGAAGUCCGAGGAGAGGCCUGGCCGUCAUCCAUGGUUGCCGCCGAGGGUGGGGAAAGCAUGUGAUGCUCGCCUCUGAUCAAUGGGCAGUCCCUCCUCUUAGCCAACUCCCGGCU